GCGCAGGUGCACGUUUCCGCUUCCGGACACAUGAGAGCUGACACGAAGUCUCAGUGAUUACAAGUGAAAUAGACAUUGUUUUGAGCGUUUAAUGGGAGAUUCGAGAUGUGGUCCUUCUUCAGUAGGGACCCUACGAAGGACUUUAAUUAUGACAUAGGUGAAAAAGUGCCAGGUUUGGAAGACAAGUCGAUAUGGACUCUGUACAGUGGGAAGAAGAGGGGAACUGGAGAUCCUGUGUCAGUAUUUGCAUUUGAUGUCAAAAGUGCCAGUGAAUCUCAGGUAUGUUCAAGUUGCAAAGGAGCAUUCAAGAGGAUAAAGACAUUGCGGCAUCCAAAUUUCUUGACUUUUCUUGAUGGAAUUGAGACAGAUAAGGUGAUAUACUUUGCCACUGAGGCAGUAACCCCACUUGAGACUCAUCUGAACAACAAUGACGGAGAUGCCAAGAAUGAGCUGGCCAUAUCAUGGGGCCUGCAUCAGAUCGUGAAAGGGUUAUCCUUCCUGGUGAAUGACUGCAGCUUGAUCCACAACAAUGUGUGCAUGGCGUCAGUGUUCGUGGACCAGGCCGGGGAGUGGAAGCUGGGUGGAGUCGAGUACAUGUACCCUGCUGAGGGGGCACAAUCUAUCCCCCCUGUCAAAAUACUCCCCAUUUUGGAAAAGUACGAUCCUCCUGAGAAGGCUGAUAUGAAGAGGGGAAUCAGGGGAGAUAAGUGGUCAUCGGACAUGUGGGGACUGGGUUGUCUUAUCUGGGAAGUCUUCAAUGGAACACUACCAAGGACAUCAGCACUUAAGUCACUUGGCAAGAUUCCAAAAAGCCUUGUACCAAACUACUGUGAACUUGUUGGGGCCAACCCCAAGUCAAGGCCUAAUCCUGCCAAGUUCAUGGGAGCAUGUCAGCGUAAAGAUGGCUUCAUGAACAAUUCUUUUGUCAAGUCCAUGUUGUUCUUGGAAGAAUUUCAGAUCAAAGACCAGAAUGAAAAGACAAAGUUUUUCUCCAACCUCACUCCAUCACUAGAUUCAUUUCCACCCCAGUUCUGUCGACAUAAGAUCUUACCACAGCUCAUGAAUGCAUUCGAGUACGGCAAUGCUGGGUCUUCAGUAUUAGCACCUUUGUUUAAGCUUGGAAAACUGCUUGAUGCUGAUGAGUAUCAAAAGAAAAUAGUUCCCUGUGUUGUCAAACUGUUCUCCUCACCAGAUAGAGCAACCAGAGUCAAACUUCUGCAACAGGUGGAGUAUUUUGUGGAACACUUACAAUCUAACACAGUGAAUGAUCAGAUCUUCCCCAAUCUCAUCAGUGGCUUCUCAGACACAAAUCCAGUGGUCAGGGAGAGCACAAUCAAGGCGAUGCUUCAUUUAGCAUCAAAACUCAACUAUAAAAACUUGAAUGAAGAACUUAUGAAACAUUUUGCUCGCCUCCAGGCUAAGGAUGAUCAGGGCGGCAUCAGAACAAACACCACAGUCUGUCUUGGGAAGAUCGGACAUUUUCUCAACCCAAGCAUCAGACAGAAGAUCCUGUGUUCGGCCUUCCUGCGAGCAACUAAGGACCCCUUCCCUCCAGCACGUCAAGCAGGUGUGCUGGGUCUGGCAGCCACACAGAACUUGUACAGCCUGAAGGAAAUCUCGGGUCGCCUUCUGCCAUCACUGUGUUGCAUGACCAUGGACCCGGAGAAGAUCGUCCGAGACCAGGUAUUCAAGGCCAUUAAGGGUUUCAUAGGUAAACUGGAGAAAGUGUCCGAAGAUCCAGAGCUGGAGGAACAAAUAGAGAGAGAGGUGAUGACGGGUGGAUCUGAAGCAGCAGCAGCAGGCUGGGCUGGCUGGGCUGUGACCGGGAUGACAUCUAUCACAUCCAAGAUCUACAACAAGGCCACAGCCAAGAAGAAGACUCCUUCCAUGUCUGGGGUCAGGAAUAUCACUGGUCAAGUCCCCACCUCACCAGACAAGGCAACACCAUCAUCCCAGCAGCCAGCUGUUGCUGAAGAGGAGGAAGAAGAGGAGGAGGGAGAAGAAGAGCAGGAGCAACAGACAGAUGAAGGAUGGGAUGCAGAAGACUGGGGAGACAUGGACGAGAUGGGAGUCAGUCAGCCUACAGCACCACGCAGUGGCCAGCAGAACCAGGCAGUUUCAUCAUCAGCGACUGAUGGUUGGGACAAUGAUGAUGAUGAUGACUGGGGCAGUCUGGAAGAUACUGGCAAAAGUAAAACUAGUGCAUUGGGCGGUUGUUCAGGUAGAUCCAGUGCUGCCAAGUCUGGAGCAUCUGACUGGGGAAAUGACUGGGGCCAGGAUGACUUCACCUCCACAGCUGACAGUGGCAUGAUGUCCACCAGUGACUAUAACUGGGGUGGUGAUUCCACAAGCGGUGACUUCUUUUCAACAAGCAUGGGCGUAGGCAAGACAAAUAAACCAUCACAGAGUUCAGCCAGGAGGAAAACACCGCCAAAGGAGACUCAGAAGUCUCCAUCACCAGCCCCAGCUCCGAGAGCAGCAUCAGCAAAAGUCACAUCACCCUCCAGCAAAUCAGAGGAUGCUGCCUGGGCUGAUACAGGAGGGGGCUGGGACAAUGACGAGGGGGGAUGGACAGAUGACUCCUGGGGCUUAGGAGGGGGUAUGUCUGAAGCUGAGCGCAAGAAACAAGAACGAGAAGAGAAGAAACUGCAGCGUCAGCGGGAGCUCCAGGAGAAAAGAGAAGCUAAAAAAGGGGCAAUGAAACUGGGUGCCAAGAGGAUUGGCUAAAGCUUGUAAGGAACUCAUUUUGUCAAACUGAACCCAGAAAACAUGUGAAGAUCAUGACGAUGGUGACAGGACUCAAGUUGUUCCCUGAUGAACAUUCAAGUAGGACAUGCUGUAUGGUGGAUGAGCUUGUGUAUACAUAUACUGCAUUGUUGUACAUUGGAAGAUCCAAGUGUAGGUAUAUUUUUAGAAGCGCUGGAUGUUGGAAGAUCUGUGUAUCGGAAGUGCUAAUGUUGCCAGAACUCAACUGUACAGUUGUGUGUGGACGAUGAGACGCUGUGUUGUGUAGGUAUUAUUACCACUGAUCUGUGGAUGCAUGCUGUGAUGCCCAUAUGUGAUCUAUAGAUGAAACAUGCAUGUAUGGUAUGAAUAUUGCAGUCGAAGAUACAAGCAGUUGUUAAGGUAUAUUUAUCAUAAGUUGUUACGGAGAUGUUGACUUUCGGUGCUUGUUUGUUUUUUCUGUGAAUGUAUGGAAAGGCUAUGUACGAUUUUGUGCACCCACUGAUUGUUGGAUUAUUUCAGUUACCAUGUUUUUUUUCUCAGACUGUUUCAACAGAAAAUCAUACUCCCAUCCAUCAUGUUUAGGCAGUUGUGUUUCUUUUAGUGUUCUUUAGGAUUGGUGGUCAACUUCAAUUUAUUUGGAUUGCAAAACAUAAUUACAUGUAUCCUAUUGUGAAACAGUAACUGAUAGAUGUGAAAUAACAAGUAAUAUUUGAAUGCUUUGGUUUCAUCCAUCUUUCCUGGGAGUACUCUGAGAAGAUGGAUCUCUUGCCAAUUCCUGCAUGUGGCAUAAUAUGCUGUUCCUACUCUACAAGCAACUGUCUGAAAUUCUGUGAUAUUUGUUCCACCUUACUUCAACGUGAACCACCUGCAUGAAGUGUUUCUUAUUCUUACAUUUGAAGUUGGGUGUUUCCACACACACAAUAUUCUGAAAUAGAGUCAGUUCAGACAAACUUUUGCCUUUUGUCUUCAUCAAGAAGAAUUACAGCUUUCAAACUAUUGUUGAACUUGACAAAUGUUCCAUGCUUGAACUCUCACUUUUCUUGUCAAUAAGUCUGUGCCCACAUAUCUUUGCCUGUUUUUGUUCACAGUGGCCUGGGGGGGUUGGGUAGCCUAGUGGUUAAGGCAUUAGCUUGUCACACCGAAGACCUGGGUUCGAUUCCCCACAUGGCCCAUUUCUGGUGUACCCUGCCGGGAUAAUGCUGGAAUAUUGCUUUAACGCGACAUGAAACUACACUCACUCAUAGUGGCAUCAUAUCAAACUCGCUCAUUACUAUCUCAUGAUCCUUUGAAGAUUAGAGGAACCUAUUCUGUUUAAACGGCCUCUUCAGUCAGGGUCGAUAUCAACGAAACACAGCUAUUUAUGUGAAUCAUUGUUGAUGAUGUCAUGGACCAUUUCAGUUUCUUUUCUACAUACACUGCUAGGCUAUUGAUAAAUAAAGAUUACCUAUUACAUCUCAACUUAUGUUACACAUUCUUUUGUUUGUUUCUCUGCUGACUUCAACAUCUGACACUGUUAUCUUCAUAUAAUUUGAAGAAUAAAGGAUUUGGUUAUUGCUCUAAUAUGUGCUCUAUUUCUGUGACAGAUUUUCUGCUGCUAUCAAGACAUAUUGAAUGAUGACCUUUCAUGAAAUAGGAGUAAUGUCAGUCUCUGUGAAUUAUAGCCUUGCUUCAUAACAUCACAUAGAAACAUUAUGUCUCCUAAUCGAAAAUGAAAUGAUGCUUUGCAGUGGUUAUGUACAGAGUGGUAAAGUGAGUCUGGUAUUGGUAAAGUGACUCAAUUAAGUUGUACUUGUCUUUCAGUUAGUGAUAGAUAAUACAUACAGUAUCUAUGGGAGUAGUAUUGGUCUAGAUCAUUUUUACUGUGACUCUGCAUUUAAGAACAAUGAAUAAUGGAAGAAAGUGAUAAUGCUUCUUGCUCUACAGGGUACAAGAUAUAGUUCUUCUGUUUUAGGAGGGAUAGAACUGGUUUUUAGGAAUGGACAAAUGGUUUUAUUGUUUUGACUUGUGUCUUGUAGCAAUUACUGUAAAAACUCACUAGUCACAGUCUCAAUAAUCAAUAACACUGCCAGAUGGGUAAUGCAUAUCAGCUAUUUGUCAACUCAGCUUAUGCUCUGUGUUACAAGGGUUUUGCUGUAGAUCUAAGAUGGAAGUAGGUCCCAGCUAUAUAGUGUGCAGAUAUCACUCCUUCGGGAGUUUUGGUCAUCGUAAAAUAUGUUGUCCUCAUUACAUAAUGUCAGAUGAACUAUACUACUUGACUUUUUAUAAGGAUAUGAUGGUGCAGAUAAUGAAUAUAAGGUUUAAUAUAUGUUAUAUUUGGGAUUACAUGUUUUCAGUAAAGUACAGAUUCUGGUAAUUUUAGUGGAUUCCAGGAUUCGAACCCACACUCUCCACGUCAAACACACAGUGAUCUAGCCUAUUUGGCCACAACAGCUUCCACAAGUAUGAAUGUCUGACAACUGGUAGUUGAAAAGAAUCUGCACUUUACUGAGAAAGUGUAACCCCAAAUAUAACGUACAUGUAUGUUACAUUUUACCACUGUCUGAAACACAAUGUAUAGUCACAGUAUCUGGUUUGUGUAUCAUGUAAAGGUGAAAAAAUGUCCUUAUCAAAACAUAAGUAGUAUAAUGAUUACUGUACAUGCAGUAUGUACAUCUCCAUUGAGGCAUGUUUUAUUGUGGAAAAAUGAGCCUUUCCUGAUAUUGUUUUUGUCCCAUUUGACCUGGCUACACUUGAUUCCAUCCAGUUUCUGUCCCUGUGGUGGUAUUACAGGGGAUUUUGUUGAUGUGUCAGGAUAUUUAUUGUAAAUUAUUAGAGCUGUAUUAUGACCUUGCAAAUGGUGAAAAUGUACAAAGAUAUUUCUGUACAGCUAUGAAUGAAUAAAUGAAUACCUGUA